AUGGGUGGAACGCUGUCAAAAACUGCAGAAACUAAGGGCCGUGAAGCAGAGCCCCUUCAGGUGGUUAAAGAAAUCGAGGAAGAACAAGCGAAAGUUUCACAAGAAAAGAGGGAGCCAGGGAGGAGAAGAAUAUCUUGGAAGCUGCCUAAACGACCCACGGGACCAGAGCACGACGGCGCCGAAAGCGGACCCUUGAAGACUGAGGCUUCCUCAUACCUGAAGGAAACCAUUCAAAGACGAACAUCGUCUUUAUUGUCAUCUGUGGCCCCCGACGCCUCCAGUCAUGCACUUGGUGCACUCGCUUCUGCUGCACAAUAUGCACCCACACCAUAUUUAAGAACGUUGGCCUCGAUUAGUCUGAGCAAUCUGAAUGCUAUACAGGGUACACUCAUAGAAAUCAAGGAUAUCGUUCAACGCCAGGUCUCCAGGACCUUAAUUCGACGAGUCAUUUCUUCAAGAUCGGAUUUGAAUAUCGUUCAGGAAUACAAGGAUCGCUUGAACCAAGUGUUGGAGGAGUUCACGCUUCAAUCGAACAUGAUUUUACAUGAGCCACUUCACAGGUUGGAAUCCAAGCAAGAAGAAUUGUUGAAUUCACAAGAAAGCGUACGCUCAACUUUGGAAUCAUUUCAUCAAGACUUCCUUCGAUCUAGUGCAAGUGAAGGAGGACCAGCCCAACGGGACGAGGAGCAAGUCCAGAGGGCUGUUAUUACUAGGCUUUCUCCGAUAGACGUGUCAAGCACGACCGAGAUGGCUAGUUCACCGAUAGGCACAAAUAGUCCCAUUGACGAGACCCGUGGUAUCGUCGAUUCCGUAACUAAUUACAGAGCAGACGAUUCAAAGGAUCCUUCGGCUUCUUUGUCUCCUCCACCUUAUUCGUCAACACCGAUACCCCAACGUCAAACACAGUCAUUCAGCCUUUCUCCAUCUCUAUCAACAUCUGCUAACAACUCAUUCGGAAACGUCUCCAAUGGGCCAGUCCAAGGAAAUAUCACCAUCCACAACAUCUCAGGGAACCACUCCAUCACGACCCAUGUGGAUAAUUCUCGUCGAGAGAACUUUGGGAAUGUAUAUUAUUACAUCGGGGGUUUGUUUACGCAGAAUGAGUUCGCUUGA